AGGGUCCCUGGUGUCUCACUGGCUCCUGCCCCUCUUUCUCCAGGCACUGGCUUCCCCACAAUGGCAGACGUGGUGGCUGAGGUGGCUGAGAUGCCAACACAGAUGUCACCAGGGACAGUGGAGGUAACACCCAUGUCAGCAGAGCUGACAGAGAUGUCAACAGAGAUGACCGAGAUGGCACCCGGAGAGGCCCUUGCCUCGUCCCUCUUCUUCCAGCACCACCAGUUUAUGUGCUCGGAGUGUGGCAGCCUCUAUAACACACUGGAGGAAGUCCUCUCACACCAGGAACAACAUAUGUUCGCCGUGUCAGAGGAGGAGGCGCUGACCACCCAGAGUGGCAGCCUGGAGCCAGAGCUAGUACCAGGCACUGAGGAGGGGCCCUUCCAGUGUGGUGAAUGCAGCCAGCUCAUCCUUUCCCCCAGCGACCUCCUGGCCCACCAGGAUGCCCAUCUCCGGGAGUCUGCAAGCCAGAUCCAGUACCAGUGUUGGGACUGCCAGGAGCUGUUCCCCUCACCUGAGCUGUGGGUGGCUCAUCGCAAAGCCCACCACCUUUCUGCUACAGCAGCCGAGCCACUGGUGCCACCUCCUUUGACUCCCCCAAUACCACUGCCUCCACCCCCUCCACCACCUGAAGUCAAGAUGGAGCCUUAUGAGUGUCCUGAGUGUUCUGCCCUCUGUGCCACCCCUGAGGAGUUCUUGGAGCAUCAGGGUGCCCACUUUGACUCCCUAGAGAAAGAAGAGCACAAUGGGCUAGAGGAGGAGGAGGAAGAUGAGGAUGAAGAUGAUGAUGAAGAGACAGAGGAUGAUGAGGAGGCUGAUGAUGAUGUGAGAGAUGACAAGUCCACAGCUGGCUGGUCCCAGGGCUGUGAGGAUUGUCCCCAGCACCAGACUUCAGCAGGGGCACGACGGCGACACCGGCGGGUGUCUCAUGGCCCAACAUCAGCAGCCCACCCCUUCCACUGUAGCCAGUGUCAGCGCAGCUUCAGCUCAGCGAACCGGCUGCUGGCUCACGGGCGGGCCCAUGUAGGUGGCACACACGAGUGUACGACUUGCUCCAAGGUCUUCAAGAAAGCAGCCUCGCUGGAGCAGCACCUACGGCUACAUCGUGGUGAAGCCCGCUACCUCUGUGUAGACUGUGGCCGUGGCUUUGGCACAGAACUCACGUUGGUGGCCCACCGGCGGGCCCACACUGCCAACCCAUUGCAUCGCUGUCGCUGCGGCAAGACAUUUAGCAAUAUGACCAAGUUCCUCUACCACCGGCGCACUCAUGCUGGCAAAAGUGGAGCUCCUCCUACGACGGCGACAGCCUCCCCAGCUCCAGCCGAGCCCGCACCCCAGCCCCCUCCCCCUGCUCCACCUGCCCAGCUGCCCUGCCCACAGUGCUCCAAGUCCUUUGCCUCAGCUUCCCGGCUGUCGCGGCACCGGCGUGCAGUACACGGCCCCCCCGAACGGCGGCACCGCUGUGGGGUUUGUGGCAAGGGCUUCAAGAAGCUGAUCCAUGUGCGCAACCACCUGCGGACGCACACAGGUGAGAGGCCCUUCCAGUGCCAUUCAUGUGGCAAGACCUUUGCUUCUUUGGCCAACCUCAGCCGCCACCAGCUGACCCACACGGGUGCACGUCCCUACCAAUGCCUGGACUGUGGCAAGCGCUUCACGCAGAGCUCCAACCUGCAGCAGCACCGGCGGUUGCACCUGCGGCCGGUCGCCUUUGCCCGUGCCCCUCGCCUCCCCAUCACUGGCCUCUACAACAAGAGCCCCUACUAUUGUGGUACCUGUGGCCGCUGGUUCCGCGCCAUGGCGGGCCUGCGACUGCAUCAGCGGGUCCAUGCCCGAGCCCGGACUAUGACACUGCAGCCUCCAAGAUCACCACCUCCUGCCCCGCCCCCACCCCCCGAGCCUCAGCAGACUAUCAUGUGCACAGAGCUGGGGGAGACCAUCGCCAUCAUUGAGACAUCCCAGCCACUAGCACUUGAGGACACAUUGCAGCUGUGCCAGGCUGCACUGGGGGCCAGUGAAGCAAGUGGGCUGUUGCAGUUGGACACAGCCUUUGUGUGACACAGCUGAAGAGCACAAUGAAAGGGUUUGGCUACAACAGCAAGUGUGAGUACCUCUGGGAAGAGAGAGGACCACCCUCUGGAAAGCUGAUCUGGCACCCACCAUGUGCCAGGAUCUACCCUGGCCUCUUUCACCCACUGACUCCUCAGAACAACCCUGCCAUCUUUCACUGCCUGAGGGGAAACUGAAGCUCUGAGAUGGCAUGUGAUCUAUACCAGGUCACUCUGCUGCGCUGCAAAGUGGGGUUUGCCAAGGCUCUUUGCACUGCAUCACCCUGGUGCCCAGCAUCAUCAGGUAACCUUUACUGAGCACCGGCCAUGUGCCAGGUUUGUGCUGGGCACUCUCAUAUACCUCUUCGGAUCCUCUGCUUAGCCCCCCAGCCCUAGUCUUCCCUGGAUUUUGGACACCCAGGAAUUGGCUCUGCCUGGUGGUGGAAGGCACUUCUCUGGGCUUCUUUCAUCUCAGUUUCGACAAUGUGGAAGGAGAUCUAUAGGUACCCAGGUACUCAACUUCAGACUGGGUGAUGCUGAAGACCCAGGAAUGAGUUAAAUGUGGGCUCUGCCCUCAGGAGGCAUGCACUGUCUGGUAGGAGGAACACACAAGUACAGAUGGCUUGCUCUCUGA